AUGCACGGUCGGCCGCGAGUGACGGUGAAGGCGGAAGGCAGCGCCGCGGGCCAGCAGAAUGCGGCAGAGUCGAACAAGAAGGCGCUUCGGCUGCGCGCCUUGCAGGAGAAGGUGCUGACGUGGCACCAGCAGAACGUUUACUCACCGGAGGCACUAGCAGCCAGUGCUGCUCUUUUGGAGCAGAACCCCGAUGUGUAUGUGACGUGGAACUACCGCAAGAAGGCGUUUGUGCACCGAUGCGGUGCUCUGGAGGCAGGGGCGGAUGGAUGCAAGGAGGGGAAAGCGGUGCAGAGGGGUGCGGAGGUGAAAGAGGGGGAGAAGGAGGCGCAGGGGAAAGAGGGGCAGGGGGAGGGGGGGAAAGAGGCGCAGGGAGAGGGGGGAUCAGGGGAGGGGAAGGUUGGGACGGAUGGGGCAAUGGGGGAGGCGGAGAGUGCGGGAGGGAGGGAUGGCAAUGGGGAGGAGAGUGAAGUUGGGGAAGAGAAUGAUGGGAAGAAAGGAGACGAGCAGGAGAGGGUGGAACGGGAGCGAGAGGAGAGGGCGAGGAGGGAAGAGGAGAGGAGGGAAGAGGAGAGGAAGAUAGAGGAAGCUAAGGGGAAGCUCGCUGACGAAGAGCUGAAACUGAUAGAAGCAGCGCUACGGACCAACCCCAAGUGCUACGGCGCCUGGCACCACCGCAAGUGGCUCUUCGCCCUCUCCUCCACCGAGCCUCUCCCGAGCCUUGGAGCCAGCCUCGGGCCAAGCCUGCAGCAGGUUCGGAUCAACCUGCGGUCGGACGCUCGGAUUGCCCGGGAGCAGAAGCUGCUGGGGAUGAUGCUGAGUGCAGAUGACCGGAACUUCCACGCCUGGGACUACUGGAGCAAGCUGCUGCCAAAGCUCCAUUCCCACCCAUCCCCAUCCAUCUCCACUCCUUUAGAAGUGGGAGGGCUACCCCAGGCAGCUCUGGAGGAGGAGUGUGAGUUGCCUCCCCUCCUCCGCCUUACCGGCAGCAAGCUGCUGCCGAAGCUCCACGCACCCACAUCCACUGCUUCGGAAUCAGGGUUGCCGCAGGCGGCAUUGGAGGAGGAGUGUGAGUUGGUGUGGCAAGCCUUCUUUACCGAACCUGACGAUCAGAGCGGGUGGAUGUAUCAGCACUGGCUGCUGCAGCAGAUCCUGCCUCCCCUGCCGCCCCGCCUCCUGGCCUCCUGGCCUUUGCCUGGAAGCAACGUCUGCUUCUCCUCACCUGAAACUUCUCCUGAGAAAUCUCCUGAGAAGCGUCCUGCUGCUGCAGAGGGCGCUGCUGACGCUGCUGCCAAAGCUUCUGCCGAAGCUGCGGGCCAGGUUCGGAUGUCGGCGGUGCUGGUGUUUUCUGAACCAGUGAUGGGGGUGACAAGAGAGAAUGUGACUCUAACGGGGGCUGGAUUCAAGGUGGGUGAGUGGAGGGCCGUGGGUGGAGAAGAGGCGUGGCUUUCCUGGCGGCAGGCUGGAUGUGGGAGGGAAAUGGGCGGUGAUGUGAGCAAGUGGGCUCUCCUCUCUCUCGCCCGCCUCCUAUCCACACGCCGCCAGCUCCACCACCUCCUGCCGAACCUUCCCGUGCAGGAUCGGCAAGAUGCCGAGGCUCGCGAGGAGGUUUGGUCGUUGCUUCGGCGGCUGGUGGGAAUCGAUCUGUACCACAAAGAGUAUUAUCAGGAUCUGCUAGAAGCGUUGGAGGGAGACAAGGUGAGGAGGGUAUGCGUCAUAGAGGAGCGUGAGUUCUAUGUCGACUCUGUGGUCACCUUGGUGGGGAUCGAUCCAUACCACAAGGAGUAUUACUGGGACCUGCUAGAAGCUCUGGAGGGGGAAGAUGUAUGUGGGGUGUGUGUUCAAAAGGAGGAAGUGUGUAAAGAAGGAGUGUGA